GGUGUAGAACCAGUGUAGCGUAGUUAAUUAUGCAGGGGUUACCGAACCGGACCCUCUGUUCGGUUCGGUUCGGAACGGUCUCAAGCAUAGACCGAACCGAACCCUCUGACCGUUCCGUCUCCGCAGCAGCUUUGUUAUUUCCGGCGGCACCUAAAGGCAUCAUCACAGGGACUCUGGUGCCGAACUGGGUCCAGUUGAAGUGAGUCCUGUGCCAGUUCCGGAUGGUUCUGCGACCAAGUGCAGACUCAGCGGCUGAAGGAGGUUCGGUUCGGUCGGAAGACCAAAAGGUUCUGGUCGGCCCGGUGACUCUGAGUGCCGCCCGGAUCCAGGACGGCCAUGUUGGACAACGUCCCGGUAGUGUCGUCUGCGGAGCGCCAGCAGGUUCUGGCUGCUCUGGACCGGCUCCAGAACCGGCUGGUCCAGAGGGAGGAGUGGAGCCUGAGCGCCACCCUGGGCAGCCUGAAGGUGGCGCUGCAGAGCCCGCUGUUCGGCCGUGUCCUGACAUUGCAGCACUCCGUCCGCCAGCUGCAGCAGCAGCUCCACAGCUUGCCUCCAGACGCUCGCAGUGACUUCAGUUUCUCCAGUCGCGGUCAGCUGAUUAUGAGCGCCGCCCCCUCCUCCGUCCUGACCAAUGGCUCGGCGCCUCUCUCCCUUCAGGCUCCGCCCCUGACAGAGCGCCUGCAGCAGUGGAUCCAGGAAGUGGCGAAGGGCCGCCGGAUCGAGCCCGUCGUUCUGACCCGGCCCGCUUCAGGGGGCCUGGGGUUCAGCGUGGUCGGGCUGAACCCGGCAGGAGGCGCCGGCCACGGCGUGUUUGUCAAACACAUCCAGCCGGGAGGAAUCGCCGACCGGGAUGGGCGUCUUCAGGAGCAGGACCAGAUCCUGGUGAUCAACGGCAGUCCUCUGGAACCGGGCCGGAACCACCAGGCGGUCCUGACCUUGCUGCAGCAACCGGGCGAGACCGUGGAGCUGGUGGUGGCCCGGGACCGGGCCGCACCAGGAGGCCCGGCUGAAGGACUGGUCGGCACGGACCUCUGGGGUCACGUGGAGGAGAUCGAGCUCUCCAACGACGGAUCCGGUUUGGGCUUUGGGAUCGUUGGCGGGAAGACGAGCGGAGUGGUCGUCCGAACGCUGAUCCCGGACGGCGUCGCCGACAGGGAUGGGCGCCUUCGCACAGGUGACCACAUCCUCCGCAUCGGGUCGACGCCCACCGGCGGCCUCACCAGCGACCAGGUUGUCAAGGUUCUGCAAGCCUGCGGCGGUCAUGUGACCAUGCUGAUCGCCAGGGACCCUCAAGGACAGGCGCCGGCCGCGCCCGCCGCGCCUCCUAACUCCGCCCCUUUCGUUAAUGUGCCUCCUCCACUUCCUGACUCCGCCCCCGUUGCAUCCUUACCUCCAGGUUCACCUGUGGCCCCGCCGCCGCCGCCGCCCAGCAAGAUGCCCAACCUGGAGGGAUACGAGAUCCAUGAAGUUCCCCUCACCAAGAAGGACGGCCAGAGCCUCGGCAUCUCCAUCGUCGGCUUCAAUCCAAUGACCAGCCAAGAUGCGGUGGGUGUGUUUGUGAAACACGUGGUUCCUGGCAGCGCCGCGGACCAGAGCGGAAACAUCCGGGUCCAUGAUCGCCUCCUCGCUCUGAACGACGUCAGUCUCCAAGGGAUGACCAACCAGAAGGUUCUGGAGGUGAUGAAGCAGACGGGUCAGACUGUGGUUCUGACUCUGGUCCGGAAGAAAGCCCAAGGCCCGGAAAGGUCCCUGGAUAAAGUGGAGCGGGCGUCGACCAGGGGGUCUCAGAGGAAGAACCUGGAGGUCAAAGGUUAUUCGUCAGCAUCUGGAUCCAUCAUGAUGAUGAAACAGGAAGUGACACAUCCCAACGUUGCCCGACUGAACAGAGCAUCUGACGCAGAACUGCGGGCGAAGUGGAAGGCGGCUCUGGGACCUCAGUACCUCGUCCUGGUGGUGAACCUGGAUCCCGUGAUCCAAGACGACGCAGAGCUGCAGAAAUCCUCCAAGCUGCUGCCCAUCCACAUCCUGCGUCUGGGCGUGGAGCUGGACUCCUUCGACGGCCACCACUACGUCUCCUCCGUGGCCCCUGGGGGCCCCGUGGACAGACACGGCGUGCUGAGGCCUGAGGAUGAGCUGCUGGAGGUCAACGGCGUCCAGCUGUACGGGAAGUCCCGGCGGGAAGCCGUGUCCUUCCUCAAAGAGGUUCCCCCGCCCUUCACGCUGGUUUGCUGCCGACUCCUGAUCCCAGACCCGGAACCGGAACCAGAACCGUCCGUUCCACCAGAACCAGCAGCAGAACAUCGGAGCAUCGAAGAGAUGGAAAUGAAGCUGUCGUCGAUGCUCCGCAGAGAGGAAGAGGAGGAAGAGGAGGAGCAGCAGGUCUCUCCUGUGGAGGAGCUGACGAGGAGCGAGGACUCCAGCCUGGAGGAAGAGGAGGAGGAUGAAGGCGAGCUGGCGCUGUGGAGUCCAGAGGUCGGCCUGGUGGAGCUGCAGAAGGAGCCGGACCGAGGCCUGGGCUUCAGCCUGCUGGACUACCAGGACCCGUUGGAUCCUGGUCGCUGUGUGAUGGUGAUCCGCUCUCUGGUUCCUGGUGGGUCCGCGGAGCGUCAUGGAGGUCUGCUUCCUGGAGACCAGCUGGUAUCGGUUAAUCACACCCAGUUGGACCUUCUCACCCUGACCGAGGCAGUGGAGGUGCUGAAGUCGGUACCGCCUGGUACCGUCCGCCUGGGAGUGCGCAAACCCCUGGUGGAAGCAGCCGAUCCCGGCAGAGAGAACCUGAUCCAGGAUUCUCCUGGAGGCAGCCCGCUUCCAGAGGGUCCCAGUGAAAAGUCGGAGCUUCCAGAUUAUUCCUGCCAGGAGGAACCGGAACUGAUCCUGGACGGAGGUCUGCCUCGCUACGCCUCCUCUCUGACCUCUGACCUCCUGCCAGCGGAAGAGGGCCUGGAGAUGGCUGUGGAUGAAGAGGAGGAUGAAGAGGAGGAUGAAGAGGAGAAGAGCCCGCUGCCCAGGAAGCCUGCUUCAUCCUGGGAGGACUGGACGUUGUGGUCCGCUGGCCAAGCAGGAAGUCCACAGGAGCUCCAGGUGAGGAGAGACUCUCAGGAUGACGAGGAGCUGCAGAAGUCUGACGUGGAGAGCAUCUCAUCUGUUGGGAAACUGAUCCUGGGUCUGUCCAACUCCAGGGAAGGCGAGGCCGAGUCUGAUCUCACUCUGACCGACACCGACACCGAGUCCGUCAGGAUGGUCGCCGCCGGCAGCAGGAAGAGGCGGAGCCAAGGCCGCAGGAACCUGCCAGAGAGGGAGGACGGGGAGGGGCAGGAGACACCUGCCUUCAGCCACUGGGGGGCGCCGCGCAGGGUGGAGGUGUGGCCGGAGGACGGCCAGUCCCUGGGCCUCAGCAUCGUGGGCGGCCGCCACGUCAUCAAGCGUCUGAAGAACGGCGAGGAGCUGAAGGGAAUCUUCAUCAAGCAGGUUCUGGCUGGCAGUCCGGCCGACCGGACCCGCUGCCUGAAGACCGGAGACAAGAUCCUGGAGGUGUCCGGUGUGGACCUGCGGGCGGCGAGUCAUGAGGAGGCGGUGAGCGUCAUCAAGUCUGCUCCGAGUCCGGUCGUCUUCAUCGUCCAGAGCCUGUCGGCGACGCCGCGGCCGGUGUCGCUAACGGCUUCCAGCUACAGCAAACACAAAGCCAAGCGGACCGAUCCUCUGGUGCCUGAGGUAGCCCUGCCCCCCCUCAGAGAGCCCCCACCCUACAGGCCUCCCAGCCAAUCAGAGCAGGAGCUGACAGUUCACCUGCAGAAGGUCAAAGAGCGCUGUUGUGAGCGUUAUGGCGACCUGCAGGGGGAGCUGCUGUGUGUGGACCUGGAGAAGGACCGGCAGGGUUUGGGUCUCAGCCUGGCGGGAAACCGGGACCGGUCCCGGCUCAGUAUCUUCGUGGUGGGCCUCCAUCCCGGCGGGCCGGCCUCCAGAGACGGACGGAUCCGAGUGGGAGACGAACUGCUGGAGAUCAACAACCAGAUCCUGUAUGGGCGGAGCCACCAGAACGCGUCGGCCAUCAUUAAGACCGCCGCCGCCAAGGUGAAGCUCAUCCUGCUCAGAAACGACGACGCUCUAAACCAGAUGGCUGUUUCUCCUUUAACGGCCCCUCCUGUUGCCCCUCCUGUUGCCCCUCCUGUUGCCCCGCCCACCCUCCUCCGGGCCAGCCUGGAGGUCGGAAGCUCCGCCCCCCCUGAGCGGCUCCGCCUCUCGCCGGACCCGCCGGUGAGAUCCGACCCAUGUUCUGCCGAACAGGGCCAGAACCCGACCGACGGGUUUGCUCGGAGCGACGACGCCACCCCAGAGGCGGAGACGCAGAGGACGGUCCGGAGAAACUCCGCCUCUUUCGGCCACUCCCAGAGGCUCAGCGACGCCACAGAUAGUGAUCCGCAGGCUGCCAGGGCGCCGCCGGUGCUCCAGUCCAGCAGCUCCAGCCGACAGACGGCAGCUUCUCCUCCUCUGGUUGGCGCCGAGGUCCAGUGCGCUAGCCGAGGUACCGCCCACGGUUCUGGGCGACCCACGUCGGACCCUUUCCGCUGCGCCGUGGUUCCGGGUCAGGAAACGGUUCUGGAGAUCUGCAAGGGUCGGUCCGGACUCGGGCUCAGCAUCGUGGGAGGAACAGACACCCAGCUGAACGCCAUUGUGAUCCACGAGGUGUACGAGGAAGGAGCGGCGGCCCGGGACGGACGGCUCUGGGCCGGAGACCAGAUCCUGGAGGUGAACGGCGUGGAUCUGCGCGGGGCGUCCCAUGAGGAGGCCAUCGCCGCCCUGCGGCAGACGCCAGCGAAGGUCCGGCUGACGGUUCUGAGGGAUGAGGCCCGGUUCCGGGAGGAGGAGAACCUGGACCGGUUCCGGGUGGAUCUGCAGAAGAAGAGCGGCAGAGGACUGGGCUUCAGCAUCGUCGGCAAGAGGAGCGGCAGUGGCGUGUUCAUCUCGGAGGUGGUCAGAGGGGGCGCCGCUGAGCUGGAUGGACGGCUGAUGCAGGGAGACCAGAUCCUGUCGGUGGACGGAGAGGACACGAGACGAGAGACCCAGGAGGGCGUGGCCGCCAUGCUGAAGUGCGCCCGUGGACCCGUCCAGCUGGAGCUCGGCCGCCUCAAAGCCGCUUCCUGGAUGUGCUCCAGACUGGCCACCGGGGGGAGACAGGUGAGCAACAUCAGCAGCUCAGGUGUUGAGGCCUCACCUGACUCCCUGGUGACCAUUGAGCCAAUCAGCGCCAAGACCGGCUGUGACAUCACUUCCUGCUCCGAGAGCAGCUCAGGCGUCCGGACGGUGCAGAUCACCAGGGGCAGCGGCGACUCCCUGGGGGUGAGCGUGGCGGGGGGGCAGGGCAGCCCGCUGGGGGACGUCCCCGUCUUCAUCGCCAUGAUCCGGGCCAACGGCGUCGCCGCCAAGACGCACCAGCUGAAGGUGGGGGACCGGAUCGUCAGCGUGGGGGGACAGCCGGUGGACGGCCUGUCCCACAGCGAGGUGGUGGCCAUGCUGAAGAACAGCUACGGGAACAUCAGCCUGCAGGUGAGCCUCGGAUCAGAACCGGUACCACAAAGUACAACCCAGGUUGUGGUCUACUGCUCAGGUCCAACUGGGUGGUUCCAGGUCCAGACAAAGUCUUGGUUCUGGACUCAGGGUUUCAGGUCCGAUCAGUCGAUUCUGAUCGGACCUGCCGCCUGCUUGUUGGACCAACAUCACGCUCAUCGACCUCAACUCUGCCGCCGCAACUGCAGCCUGACGGCCGACAGCGACACACACACACCUGCUGAGACAGAGGGUCCUCGGUCCCGCAGCAUCACUCUGGAGAAAGGCUGUGAGGGUUUGGGCUUCAGCAUCGUCGGCGGCUUCGGCAGUCCGCAUGGAGACCUCCCCAUCUACGUCAAGACCGUCUUCAGUAAGGGCGCGGCGGCGGUGGACGGGCGUUUGAAGCGCGGCGAUCAGAUUCUGUCGGUGAACGGUGAGAGUCUGCAGGCGGUGACCCAUGAGCAAGCGGUGACCAUCCUGAAGAAGCAGACGGGGACGGUCACUCUGGACGUCCUGUCCUGACCCGGACGUCUCCGCCGCCGUGUCUCCGCUUCCUGCUCCGCCCUCAGGCGCCUCGCCGGCUGCUGCAUGCGCUCCUUCCUUUGCAGCUUCUCAGUGGAUCAACUUCCUGUCUGGUUCUGGAACCGGAGCGGCGCCUGGACCGGCCCACAGCGAACCGGGCUCAGCGGUCUGCCACCCGGUGGUCAGAGUGGGGACCGCAGCCUGUCCUCCUGCAGGUUCGCUUCGUUUCCACGGGAACGCUCGGAUCUGACCGACUGUGUCUCCAUGGCGACGCCUGUCAUUCCUCGGGUCGAGCCUGAGGUUCUGGUUCUGGUUCUGGUUCUGUCCGGAUCAUUCCCGGCAUGUUUCAGACUUCCCCAGUGUUCCCAGUGUUCCCAGUAUCGAUGCAUGCAGCAGCACCACAGCUCAGCACGGAGCCGUCUGAUUGGUCAGCAACUAUGAUGUCACACCAGGUCGCAGAAAAGCCGAGACGAGGUUCUGUCGGGUCCCGGUUCUGGUUCUCUGGGUCGGUGUGGCUUCCUGCCAUCAGGCGACCCGAACCUUCCGGUUCCGGUUCUGUUCCAGGUCCAAAGUUCUGUUCAUCAAUUUGUUACUUUAUUACAUGCAUUUCUGAUUUCUCUGGGUGUAUUGUUCGUCCAUCUCCAUGGAGACGGCUCUCAGGAUGUUGUUGGCAUGGUGCCCGUUGCCUUGACAACAGAUGUGGUGUCUUCCACAUUAAGCUGCAGACUGACGACCCUCAUGACCCUCAUGACCCUCAUGACCCUCACGACCCUCACGACCCUCAUGACCCUCACGACCCUCACGACCCUCACGACCCUCAUGACCCUCAUGACCCUCACGACCCUCACGACCCUCACGACCCUCAUGACCCUCAUGACCCUCAUGACCCUCAUGACCCUCACGACCCUCAUGACCUCAUGACCCUCACGACCCUCACGACCCUCAUGACCCUCAUGACCCUCAUGACCCUCACGACCCUCACGACCCUCACGACCCUCAUGACCCUCAUGACCCUCACGACCCUCACGACCCUCACGACCCUCACGACCCUCACGACCCUCACGACCCUCACGACCCUCAUGACCCCAAAGAAAUGUCCAGAGCAGAGGAGCGAGUCUGGAGAAACUCCUGGAGGUUUUCCUGGAUUCCCAGAAAUCCAGGCCAGUUUUCCUGUAAACAUCCAGCUUGGAUCGUUCCGGCCGUUUCCUGCUGAGCAGAGAUGGGAUGGCGGCCAAACGUCCCACAGCAGCUGCUGGGAAAAUCAUCUCCACAUUUCAAACCUGCCUCAGCAGCUCCUCGGUGCUGCAGCUCCUCGGUGCUGCAGCUCCUCGGUGCUGCAGCUGAGCUUCUGCUUUAAAACCUGGGUGUUAAUGCUAAAGCGUUAGCUUUCUCUUAUAAGCAGAACUAAGCUAAGCUCUGUUAGCUCUUGGUUGUACAAAUAUGCUCAGUAUUAUAGCUUAGCUUAAUUUCAUUUCCACUCCAUCUGUGAGCUAAAGGUUUCUAAUUUAAUGUUCACAAAAUAUUUAGAGAGCAACGUUUAAUAUUUCACUAGAUUGAAAUUUAGUUUCGUAGCUAAACUGGCCAAUCGUUUACAUUUUACUGUUAAUCAGUCUGAAACACUGACAUUUUAAUUAUGAAUGUAAAAUUGGUCAGGAAGAUUAAUACAAAUGUUUAUAAUUCUUGAGAAGCUAAAGCUAAUUUGUUGUUAGCAUAACAGUAGAGAGCAGCUAAAGGGAAAACAGUCUGCAGACAUUUACAUAUCAAGUCAUGUGCACAAAUAUUCUGUCUUAAUUUAUUUGCUGUUUCCACUGGAAAUAAUCAGAUUUCUGUGUUUUUGUUGCCACUUUGUGCCGCGUCCCAUCAGAACCUGAAACGGGUCUGUUUUAGUUUCAUGUCAUGUUGCCAAAUGUUUUUGAUUUAUGGUGAGAUUUAAAUGAUGAUUAGUUGAGAAAUAAAUAAAGAUGAAUGAAGUCAGA